CCGCGUCUCCUCAGCGAUCUUUGCCGCCGCGUCCUCGAGCGUCUCCUGGUUCUCGGUCGGAAGCGACGAGAACCCCAUCUUUGGCGCGCGCUCGACGAUGUCAUAGUUCCGCCCCGACAGCAGGUGCGACACGUCUUUAUCGGUCGAUUGUUGUUGUGUGGGCGCUCCCAAUGCUGUGGGUGCGGAAGCCGACUCGUCGCUGGAGGAGGAGGAUGUGGGCGCUUUGCGUUUUAGCGAUUUGAGCUGCGAGAGACGCUCUUUUCGCGCGGCGGCGGCGGCAUCGAGCGAGGCGGUGGACAUGGUGGCUGUAUUCGUGGGACGGAGGGGGGUUGUUCGGCUGCGAAAAAUAUGGAGCUGUUGGUUUCGGUGAUGGUGUUGAUGUUCUUCCCUUGCAGACCGCGAUGCUGAUGUUGAGCUUACGAGAUCACGUGCGUUCGUGCCGGGUAAUCCUUCGGCCGGGACUCUCGGAGCUUUUUGCAGCACAGAGCAAUUCGGAGCGGCAUACAUUCUUCUUCUCUCGGAUGAAAUCGUUCAUCCGCUCCACCACCAGCACCAGCACAAAUCCCAAUGCGGCGGCUACCUUGGCGUUGUGCAGACAGCAUGUGCGCCCUCUCGUGCUCACGUUCCUGGCUCCGGCAGUCUAUUGCAAUGCAACGGCAGCGGCCGCGGCGGUAGCGACACGAGCGUUCUCUGGCAAACCGGCGACGGUGGUGGGGGCGGGCGCUGCGAGGAAGGGCGGGGAGGAGAAAUUGCCUCCAGGACCGAGAUGGAACAAGCAGGAGCUCAAUCGGAGUGGGCGGAAGCUGGUGGAAGGACUACGUUCCCGUCUCGAGUCCGACGUUUCCCGUCUCCGAGACUUCCCCGACGACGAACCCAAGAAGGCGACGGUAGCGGACGAGGGCUAUGUCAGGAGGACCGACUUCACGGACGACGAGGUGAGGCAGGCCCAUGACCACAUGCGGGGGGUUAAGACUAGGCACGAGGAGGAGGAUAUGGCACUGGCCGCGUUGACACAGCGGAACCGACGGAUUCCGAAAUACCUCUAUGCGGUGGUUCCGGAGGCGCUGCGGGCGGUGGAACGGCAGAUACGAAGCAUCUCCGACGAGAUCGAGAUGAUGCGCUACCACGAAGACAAGAUGAGGGAGCAGAGGCGUGCGGUGCGGCAGUUGCUCGCUGGUGGACGCAGCGUGGAGGCUAUCACACAGCAGUACAAGACGGCGACCAAGACGGUGGAUGCGAUUCCCCACUUCGUCAUGGUCAUGUCCUACUUGAUACAUUACCGACGGCUCUUUCGACUCUCCAGCAACGUGCUGGAGGCAAUGGGCAAAACUUUGAUUCCCGAUCCGGUCGAUGUUGGGCAGGCAUACCAUAUGCUGGUUAGUGAACGACUGGUGCCGCAUGUGGACUGCGAUCGCAAUAAACAACAUCGAAAGGAGAUGGAGAAGGCUGCGGCAAGCUGUGCGGAGCUCCUGAUGCGGAUUCUGGAUGUCCGAGCCAACAUUAAGCCACUUCGGAUACCUCAGAUUGUGAUCCAUACGGUGGUGCAAAUGGCGCCGGUUUCGAUGAUAGCAAACUUCUACAUGAAACUGUUGGAAGGCAAGAUUAAGGUCAGGGAGUUUACCGGUUUCCACUUUGUCGGGCGCCUAGCACGGCCGGAUGAAGAGACGGGUAUCUCAUUGUGGAUGGAUGCGUUUACGAUUCUGAAGAGCAUCCAGUACAGGAAUGGCUAUCUUUCAUCUUUCCAGGCGAGGCACGCAAUCUAUGGCGUUUUAUACCAGGCGAUGCGUGCCAACGAUCCAGCCACUACGGACGAGAUCAUGAAGUUCCUGAAAGAGUGUGGGCUGGAGCCGGGAGUAGAGGUCUACAACAUGCUCAUGGCUCGGGCUGCACAAGAAGCCGACGAAGUGGCAUUGCGGAAGUACUUCGAUGCGAUCACCGAGUAUGGCUUCCGACCGUCCAUGGUCUCUUACGCCAUCUCCCACAGCUUCCACAAGCACCAACGCAACGACCGCGAGCGCGAGGCUGUUAUCUCAGACGCACUCGCCCUCGACACCAGUCUCAACCUCUUCCUUGCCACAGACAUCCUCCACGCAGCGGUCCUGCAGGAGAAACCAUACGACGAGGUCUACCGGCGCUACCGAUCGUUCUUCACCACCAAGCUUCUGGAAACCUUCCACAUCGCGCCGUCACGAGAUGUUCCCGGCGGGACCACCGGCCCGAAGAAGCUCGAUCCCGACCACGUCACCCUGGUAGUGAUGCUCUCCUCGUACUGCAAGACGGAACGCAACAUCGCCAAGAUCUGGGAUCUCUACAAGCUGUACCAAACCAAACUCUACGACCGCACCGCGCCCAACCGCAAACUCCGCAAACUCCUGCUGCAAGCCGGGUCCCACAUCCCGCACACCAUCAUGCUGGGCCUGGGCAAACGCAUCCAGGGCCUGCCCUACGUCGCCGCCGUCCUCGAGGACAUGCUCAAGCCCCACGCCGCAGUCGAAUCCGACGUCUACUCGUGGUCCAUCUUCCUCAACUUCCUGACGCGCGCCGGGAAGAUGGAAGAGGCCGAGACGGUCGUGGGGAUCAUGCGCAGUCGCGGACUGAAUCCCAACGCGGUGACCUUCACCACGCUCCUCAACGGCUAUGUCCGCUCCAACCUUGCCGAGCAGGCUGAGGAAGUGCUCGAUCGCAUGGUCGAGGUCGGCGUGGAGACGAAUGUCUUUACCUGGACUUCGCUGCUUGCCGGCUACGUCAAGAACGGUGAGAAUUGGCAGGCGGGUGACGCCUUCAGAAGGAUGCUCGACGCUAGUGUCCAGCCCGAUGAGGUCACGCUUCAGGCGGUUAGUGGGAUUACUGAUAGGGACGCUUUUGAGAAGGGGCUUAGUGGUGAAUUGCCGCCGGAUCUGGAGGGUGAGGAGGGUGGGCAGGCGGAGGUGCAUGGUGAGGAGGAGACUGAUGAUUGGUUUGGAGAGGAGGGGAAGGAAGGCGUAGUGGAGAAGGGGGAGAAGGAGACUGAUGAUUGGCGUGGGGGGAAGGGCGAGGAAGGGGUAGUGGAGAAGCCUGAGCUGUAGAUAUCCUGUGUUUCGUUUUCUGCUUCAUUGCUUGUGUCUUCGUGUAUAUAUACCUACAUCACCUUUCUUCAUCCUCUGUGU